CCUCCCAAAACCUCCUCAAUCCACUUCGAGGCCUCAAAAAGAAUCCUCGUCUCUCCCCUACAUAUAAAAAAAAGCUUCUCCGCCGCUUGCCGUAGUCAGCGAGGUCGUCCCAAGGCCAGUCCUUCUCGAUCCUCGGGACUCCUGAUGAAGCUCGCGCCGUCCCCGGUGUCACCCGGCUUGGCCGCCGACGGAAAGCCUUUCCCUAGGUCGGGGAAGGAGCUGAAGCGAAAGCAAGAACAUGAUAGCACAACAGCAAGUAGUGAGAGUAGCAAGCUAAAACAUUUCAUAACAGGAAGUCCAGGGCACGAUGAUUUGAAUGAUAGUUUUGAUGAGCAAUUUGGCUUGAAGACUUCUGGGUCUGGAAAGGAGCUGAAGCGAAAGCAAGAACAUGAUAGCACAACAGCAAGUAGUGAGAGUAGCAAGCUAAAACAUUUCAUAAUAGGAAGUCCAAGGCAUGAUGAUUUGAAUGAUAGUUUUGAUGAGCAAUUUGGCUACUUGAAGACUUCUGGGUCUCAUAAUGAGCAAGGAGGUGGUUGUGCAAGUGGCAUAUUGGUGAGAAGCACAAACAAUGAUGUGAAUCUCUUGAAAGAUUCUUGCUUUGACCCACAAGUAUCUGUUGAAAGGAUACAUGAAAAUCUGCGCUCACUUGGUUAUCCCUUGCCAACAAAAUAUUGCCGAGGCAUGCGUUUGAUUAAUCAUUGUGAUGAGAAAUUUGAGUAUGUGGAUGGUACUUGGCGAAAUGUCCAGAAGGAGCUCAGUAAAGAAGUUGCUUUAAAUUUGUCCUGCAGUGUUGUCUCACUUGCUUCAUUCAAUGGGACUACAAGGGUAUUUGCAUGCACAGGCAUACUUAUAGAAUGCACGCGUGUUCUGACAUCAGCAAGCUUAGUCAGAUCUGAUGAUGAAAAUAAGAUCGAUGAUAACUUGAGGAUUAAAGUAUACCUUCCCAACAAACAAUAUGUCGAAGGAAAUCUGAAGCAUUAUAAUUUACACUAUAAUGUCGCUGUAGUAGACAUCAUGCCCUGCCCUGGUGUCCAUACAGCAAAUCUCUACCAUGAAGUACAAUUUGAGCCCUCUUGUAAGGUGGUGGCUCUAGGGCGCACUUUUGUAGGUGGCGCAUUAACGGCCGCAUGUGGAAUGUUGACUGACGAGCCGAGCAAAUUUGAUUGCACAGAGCUUUUGACCUCCACAUGUAAAAUUAAAAAGGUUGGGAUUGGAGGCCCCCUUGUUGAUUUUGACGGGCACUUUAUUGGCAUGAACUUUUAUGACGAGGGAAAAACUCCAUUCAUACCUAGGAAUACCAUUCUUGAAUGCCUGAGGCAUUUUAAGACAGACAGGAGCAUUGAUGCCAGUAGUACAAUAAACUGCAAAUUAAACAGAUGGCCAGUGCCGAAACCACAAUGGGUUUAUCCGGCGGGCGAUUUGUUUUUCCUGAACGACCAGGCGGAAUUGAAAGCAUACCCUCCACUGUUGCUUUAACUUGCCUUGGCUCUCCUGGCCUAUCGGCCCAUAGUGUGAUAACCACCAUGCGACCCUUAUGUUACGCUGGACCUGUUACUGCCUUGCCUAGCAAGCGUUUAAACUAUUGAUACACAAGGACUUGUUUUGCUGCUAACUAGCUGGCGGAAGCGCGGAAAGUAUGAAUGAGCCUGUUGGCUAAAUUGUGCCUUAAUUUAUUGUUUUUUGUGUUUACUUUAUUUGUUUUACUAAGUAGCGUGGGAAGAUUACAAACUA